AUUCGGCUAUCUCUUUGUUUACCUACGCAAUCAUUCGUCUGUUUAUCCGCUAUUAAUUCACCACAUCAAUGAGACUAUCUACAUAUCCAUCAUUUCACCUGUACGUCAAUUUAUCCAUUCAUUCAAACAUCCAUUCAUCCAUGCCAACCCGUCCCCGUGCUCGACUUCCCGUCCGUCAAUCAUACCGUUCGGACCAAGCCAGUCACCACACACAUACACAGCUCUUGUUUUCCUCCCCGCAGGAUGGACCGACGCACGCAGGGCCGCAGGGAGGAAAAGAAAAAGAAAAAGAAAGGGAACGAGCAGGACGAGGAGACAGAAGACGACGAGGAGGCAGAAAGGACCUCUAGACAGGACGAGGAAGCGAACGAGGCUGACCACAGUGACGGGGACCUUGUGGCGGUGGAUAGGCCUCGGCUCUGGUGGGAUGACGGGAGGAUAGGCGACCGGGCGAGACUGGAAGUGUCUGGCCCCGGGGUGGUGCUGCGCGUCAGUCGCCUUAAGAUGGAGGACAAGGGACUGUACACAUGCAGGGUUGACUUCCGCCUUCAGCCCACCAAGACCACGAGGGUGAAUCUGACUGUCGUUGAGCCCCCGGAAAGAGUGGAGAUACAGAUGGAGGGGAAGGAGACCCCCCUGGUGUCCCCUGGAGGCGCCUCGGUUACCAGGGUGGGGCCGUACCUGGAGGGAGAGGUCGUACGGUUCACCUGCGUCGCCCGGGGAGGGUCGCCGCGGCCGCGGGUGUCAUGGCGGGCAGGGACGCGCCUCCUGGACGCCAAAACGGAGAGAGACGGCGGGGACCUGGACGCCACCACCAACUCCCCUGAGGCCGCGCCCCUCACGCUCGCCCCCGCCAGGAGGACGCAGCACCAGCCGAAGGAGGAGCACCACCUCCACCUCGUGCUGACCUGCGAGGCCACCAACAACACCAGCACCAGCCCCGUCUCCCUCGCCAUCGCUGUUGACAUGAGUCUGCCGCCCCUCAGCGUGCACCUCACCAGGGUCCCUGAGGCUCCCCUGGUGGCCGGCCGACAUUAUCCCGUCGAGUGCCAGGUGGUCGGGGCCCGUCCGCCCCCCGCCGUAACCUGGAGGAUAGGUCAGCGGCCCCCCCUCCCUCAGGCCGAGGUCACGACGCUGGAAGGAGGAAACAUCACAAGAAGCAGACUGUCCUUCAUACCUGGCAGGAAGGAUGACGGGGCCACGCUCACCUGUACAGCCUCCACGGUCAGCCCCAACGCUACCCUCGCCACCGCCCACCAGCUCGCCGUCCAAUACAUGCCCUCGGCCUGGUGUAGCUUCGGCUCGUCGCUCGACUGGGCCAACAUCAAGGAGGGCGAUGACGUUUACUUCGAGUGCUCCAUCGACGCCAACCCUCCGGUGACGCGGGUGACCUGGAGGCACAACGACGCCCCGCUGGGUCACAACGUAUCGGCGGGCAUUAUCGUGAGCAACCAGAGCCUCGUCCUCCAGCGGGUAGUUCGUGCGCAGGCUGGGCGUUACUCCUGCCUGGCCCACAACGCCGUCGGGACCUCCGCCUCCAACACGCUGCGUCUCGAUGUCAAGUUCGCACCUGUCUGCUCCCCCGGCCAAGUGACCACGUACGCCGUCAGCAGGUACGAGGACGCCGAGGUGACCUGCUCGGUGGACGCCAACCCGCUGCAGGAGUCCUACCAGUGGACCUUCAACAACACGGCGGACACCAUAGACGUGCCACAGGGCCGCUUCACCUCCCUGAGCAGUCACAGCGUCAUCACCUACACGCCGAUGACGCCCCUGGACUACGGCACCCUCCUCUGCUGGGCCACCAACCCCAUCGGCACCCAGAAGCUGCCCUGCGUCUUUCACAUAGUGCCAGCGGGCAAGCCGGAGCCCCCCACUAACUGCACGGUACUGGGAGGCGGAGUGCGGGAGGUGCGGGUGCGGUGCGAGGCGGGGGCGAGCGGAGGGCUAACACAACACUUCCUGCUCACUGCCAGUCCCACCCACCUGUCCGCCCCCCACCUGUCCAACCCCCAGCCCCUCAACCUCACCGCCCUAGAGGAGCCGGAGUUUCUGGUGGAGGGGCUGGCGGUGGGGGGCAGGUACCAGCUGAGGGUGAGGGCCGUGAACGACAAGGGUAUGAGCGAGCCAGCUGUUCUCACGGUCAGCAGCCGCAGCACCAACGGAACGCUCUACCAGCUGUACGACGGACCCUCGGAGGCGGAGGUGCGGGACGGCGGGAAGAGCCCACACGGAGGCGAGGACGAGGACGAGGAGGGGAGCGACGACCCUAUUCUCGGCGCACUCGAGAUUCCGUCCGUCCUCGCCGCGGCCCUCGGAGCAGGAUGCGGCCUAAUCCUCCUCGGCCUCCUCCUCAUCCUCCUCUUGAUCUUCCGCGGCAGGAGAAGAAGGAGGAGGGAAGGACAGGCUCAUCAGACGACCCCUUCCCCCUCCUCCUCGUCCUCCUCCCUCGCCCCCGGCCGCUGCCUGUCGCUAAGGGGCAAAGGGGAGUCCAAGGGCAGAGCGGCCGCCAGCAGAGCCACGCCCAGCAGGAGUGAGAGCACGGCAGCCAUGUUGAGUCCAGGCCACGGAGACACCUGCUUGGAGAGGGACAUGCAGGUUGACCCCGAGAGUGACCCCGAGCCUGACGUCAUACCCCUGAGGGAGUCCAGUGGCAGCGUGGUGGGGAUCGUGGGGGGCGGCCCGGCCACUGUGCUGCCCCCCGAGGGAUACACCUGUCUGCCCCCCGCCUUCCGUGCCCCCCAGUGUCUGGCGGACUUCACAUACACUGGCGUGGAUCCCUUAGCCUCCAGUCACGCCCCAGUGCUGCCUCAAGGGGCGUACUAUCCCGGGGAACAUCUUUUGCAACACUCAGGCUACCUCCACGACCCCCUGCAGGGCUCCAUAUCCCCCAGGAGGUCCCCAGCGCCCCCUCCGCCCCUCUAUCAAGACUUCGAACCGCUGGAGCCGCGUCUGCCGCCCCCCGAUGACUUCCUCGACCCCGACAGAAGGAGGGCGAGCGGCGGCAGCAGACAGGGGAGCCACGAGGACCCCGACACGCCGAGCACGCCACUGCUUAGAAGGGGCGAGAGUUGUGUCUGAUGCCAACCCGAGGAUGAGCCAUUGGAAUAGAUGUGGGUGUAGGUUCUUCCUGCCUGUGUGUAUGUGGGUGUGGGUGUGUGGGUGUAUUUUAGGGUGAGAGAGCCCCUCCCCCCUCCCAUCGGUAAGACAACAGACGCCACAGUGAAAUGUCCCUUUUUCUUCGGUGUGUAUGUGUGUGUUUAAAGUUAAGUGAAGGAUCUACCGUUCAAGUCGAAGAAAACGAAGGUGUUCCCAGAGUUGGUGUUCGUAAAGUUAAAUGUCCAAACCCAGAGUGAGUUUCGUUUGUGCCAAAGACUUAAGUGGUGGAGAGAGAGAGAGAGAGAGAGAGAGAGAGAGAGAGAGAGAGAGAGAGAGAGAGAGAGAGAGAUCAUUGUCACGUUCGGUAAUGUAUUGUAAAGAUAAUAAGUCUGGUUACCUGGAAAACACGACGACGAAAACAACGAGGAGGAGACCAGAAGGAAAGAGAAGGAGGAGGAGGAGGAGACAGAGACGACGAGGCGUGUGGGACAAACUAACAAAAACUAAUACAAAUCAUCUAACUUGUUUUUACACAUUUCCAUAAUCCACAUUUUUGCCUGUAAACCCAUUUCGUAGGUGAAUAAAACGAUAC